CGUGACUCGACCCUAGGCCAGGCCGCGCUGGAAGUCGGAAGCCUUUGUCACUCGCUCUGUGGGCCGCCGGUAUUUGUCGGUGCAAACUGCUAAAAGUAGUUUGGAAGAAAGCUUUUCUUGCAAGUUAGCGAAACAGGCGACAGAAUGCCAAAGCUGUACGUGGGCAGCCUUCCCGAGGGGUGCGACGUAGCCUCGCUCGAGGCGCUGUUUGCCAAAUAUGGCAAGGUGGAGGAGUGCGACAUUGUCAAGAACUACGCCUUCGUGCACAUGAACUCCGAAGAAGAGUCCAAGGUGGCCAUCGACGCGCUGCACAACUCUGAGUUCAUGGGUGGCAAGAUCACCGUCGAGGCUUCACACAGUAAGGUCCGACCCAAGCCAGGCAUGGGUGGACGUGGCCAGUGCUACCGUUGUGGCCGUCAGGGUCACUGGUCCAAGGAAUGCCCACGAAACCCGAAUGCGCGUUUUGGCUCCGGUGUGCCCAUGAUGCCUCCUGGCGGCGGCCCUCUUGCGCGCUACCCUGGUGUUGGAGGACCCGAGCGGCUGGGCUACGGCUCCGGUGGGCCCGACCGGUUCAUGGACCGGGGUGGAGCCUACGGCGACAGGGGCUUUGGGGCUGCGCCCGGCUAUGGUGACCGCAUGCGACCCUAUCCUGAUCCGUACGAACGCCGGGCUGCUCCGCCACCGCCCCCGUCAGCUGCUCGCGACGACUUCUACUACUACCGCCGACCAUACGAAGACUUUGGGUGAGUGUCUCAUUU